AUGAAGUACGAAGUCGUGGGGGAGCUCAGAAACAUCCCUCAAAAGCUCCGCCAGCUCGGCAGGGCAGCAGGUCCCUCUCUUCCAACACUUGAGCAAGAAGAGAGGGAGAAGAGCCAGAUUAAAAAAAAAAAAGCCAAAGAGUCACAGAGAAAGUUAAAACAGGGAUGGGAGAUGACAAUGCUGAUAACUGUAUCAUCCUCCAUCCAGCCUGCUCCCAUCCGCCAUCACCUUGCUCCCCCUCCCACCCUACCAAAGCCCAGGAAGGACAACCUGCGGCUCCAGCAGCUGCUGAAGAAGGCAGCCAAGAAGAAUGCUGUCCUAGCUUCAGAGCAAGCCAAGUCCUUUCGGUCCAGCCUCUCACCUGUGAACGAGGCCAGCUCUGACCUAGAACACAAUGAGAGCGCUCCCCCAGCAGAGACCCCUGAAACCACAGCACUCCCCUCCGCCAGCCUCCCUACCCACCUCUCUGUCAAGCCCAUCACCCACCGCGUCCCCUCCCCUUUCCGCAAGAGCAAGCCUUUCACGCUGAAGGUGACUGAGCAGAGGCGCAUUGCUGAACACCUCAUGCUCACAACCUCCCCAGCCAUGCCCCUGCUACACAAGCCAGGAGCUCCCGAGACUCCGCAGCAGCUUGAAGGCAUGGACACCCUUUCAUCUACACACAACCCUUCGAUAUCUGUUCUUCCCCAGCCUCCUCCUUCCAGUACACCCAGGAAAGAAACGGCACCGGAGGUUACCUAUGUCACCAAGGUGCACACUUAUUUCCACAGCGUCAAGCCACCCAGGGCUAAGAAGUCCACAUCAAAUCAGACCCAAGGAACUGUCAGCCAUGAAGACAAAAGGCCGUCCUCUCCAGCACCUGAAACAAGCCAAUCUGAACCAUCUCCAGGGCAGAUACCCACCCCGCUCAAUGACAGCAAGGCAGCGGCUCCCACACUGGAGCCUCCUCUCCUUUCUGCUGCAGAGGCAGAGUCUCCUAAUCAAGCUCCCAGGCCUUCUCCUACUCAAGAGUCCAUCAGGGCCCCUUCACCAAAGCCCAGCACCUCCAAUGCCCACACCGAUAAGCCUAUAACCCAUGGAAAUGACACCAAAAUACCUGGAUCAGAGAGAGUUCCAGAAUCACCCAAGCAAGAUGGCAAGAUCCUAAAACCAUCAACACCCAGCACUCCCUGGAGGCAAGAACCCCCAGAGACAGCAACCCCAGCACAAGACAACAGAACUGGGGCCACCUCCACAGACACCAAGGCAGAACAUGUCAUUCAGCCUCAGAUGACCCCCAGCUUACCAAACAUCAGCCCUCCUCUCAAAGCUGAGCCAGCACUAUCAUCAGCAGAAGCAGCAAGACCACCUGGAGGCAAUGUCAGUGGCUGGCACCGCCUCAAGAAGCACUUGAUGGUGCAGCCAGAAGAACCCAACUUCCCAGAGCCUGAGCCAGAAAAGCUGGGACAGGAGGAAGGAAGCAAAGAGAAGGAGAGCUCUCAAGCAAUCCCACGCUUCGACGCACGGAAACUGAAGGAACUGGCUGCUAAACCCAUGACAAAGAUCACCACCGUGUUCGAAAGGUUCCUGCAGGCAGCCAAGCAAUACAGCACCUAUGACUAUGUCUACUACCCAACAGAGCCAAGUGUAAGGAAAAAGAAAAUUAAAUAA